AUGGCGGCCAGCAACUCUCUUGACCACCUGAGCAACCGCAUGAAGCUGGAGUGGCACUCCAAGCUUAACACCGAGAUGGUGCCUGCGAAGAACUUCCGUCGCACCUCCAUCAUUGGUACCAUUGGUCCCAAGACGAACGCCGUCGAGAAGAUCAACGCUCUCCGCACUGCUGGUCUUAACGUUGUCCGCAUGAACUUCUCCCACGGCUCGUAUGAGUACCACCAAUCCGUGAUCGAUAACGCCCGUGAGGCCGCCAAGGCCCAGACUGGCCGCCCUCUGGCGAUUGCCCUUGACACCAAGGGCCCCGAAAUCCGCACGGGUAACACCCCCGGUGACCAGGACAUCCCCAUCAAAGAGGGCGCGGAGCUCAACAUCACGACCGACGAGGCAUAUGCCACCGCCAGUGAUGACAAGAACAUGUACCUUGACUACAAGAACAUCACCAAGGUGAUUGCCCCUGGCAAGCUCAUUUAUGUAGACGAUGGUAUCCUGUCGUUCGAGGUGCUCGAGGUGGUUGACGACAAGAGCCUGCGGGUCAAGUGCUUGAACAAUGGCAACAUCUCGUCUCGCAAGGGUGUCAACCUGCCGGGCACCGACGUAGACCUUCCCGCCCUGUCGGAGAAGGACCAGAGCGACCUCAGGUUCGGUGUUAAGAACAAGGUCGACAUGGUGUUUGCGUCGUUUAUCCGCCGUGGCAGCGACAUCCGCCACAUCCGCGAAGUCCUCGGCGAGGAGGGCAAGGAGAUUCAGAUCAUCGCCAAGAUUGAGAACCAGCAGGGUGUCAACAACUUUGACGAGAUCCUCGAGGAGACCGACGGUGUCAUGGUCGCCCGUGGUGAUCUGGGUAUCGAGAUCCCUGCGCCCAAGGUGUUCAUCGCCCAGAAGAUGAUGAUCGCCAAGUGUAACAUCAAGGGCAAGCCGGUCAUCUGUGCCACUCAGAUGCUCGAGUCCAUGACGUAUAACCCGCGUCCAACUCGCGCCGAGGUGUCGGACGUUGCCAACGCCGUCCUCGACGGUGCCGACUGUGUCAUGCUGUCGGGCGAGACCGCCAAGGGUAACUACCCCUGCGAGGCCGUCCGCAUGAUGCACGAGACCUGCCUGCUGGCCGAGGUCGCCAUCCCCCACUUCAACGUCUUUGAUGAGCUGCGCAACCUGGCGCCCCGCCCCACCGAGACCUCCGAAUCGAUUGCCAUGGCCGCCGUGAGCGCCAGCCUGGAGCUGAACGCCGGUGCCAUUGUUGUCCUGACCACCAGUGGUAAAACCGCCCGCCUUCUGUCGAAGUACCGCCCCGUCUGCCCCAUCCUCAUGGUCACUCGUAACGCGACUGCUUCCCGGUAUUCGCACCUGUACCGCGGCGUGUGGCCGUUCUAUUUCCCCGAGAACAAGCCCGACUUCAACAUCAAGAUCUGGCAGGAGGAUGUCGACCGCCGUCUCAAGUGGGGUAUCAACCACGGUCUGAAGCUCGGCAUUAUCAACAAGGGCGACCCCAUCGUCUGCGUCCAGGGCUGGCGCGGCGGUAUGGGCCACACCAACACUGUUCGUGUGGUGCCCGCCGAGGAGAACCUUGGUCUGGCCGAGUAA